CAGGCGUGCUGCUUCUGGAGGCCUCGGCUGCUCCCCAGAGGAGGUGCUCCGCGGAGGGCGAGAACUGCAUGAACAGCAGGUGCUGCCUCCGCGACAGCCAGAGGUGUUACGAGAAGAGCCCUGGGUGGGCGGAGUGCCGGCAAGGCUGCGAGUCGGGCAUGGGGCACUUCGGCGGCUGGUCGUGCACCGAGUUGUCCCAACAACCCGAGACGGACGAGGCCUCGCCGCCCUUCGCGGAGGCCCCCGCGUGGGCCGCCGCUCCGCCUGCGGCGCUCGACGCCGCCAACAUCUGCUCUGGGGCGGGCGAGGAGUGCGGUUCCAGCAGGCGCUG